CUUGCUGCUGUUAUCCAGUCAGCUGGGCGAGCUCACUGCAUUCCAUCUAAUAACUGACACUGUAACACUGUAACCAUGCCACUGUGCGGCGGACUGGGAGAGGCCCUGCCUGCCACCCCUGAGAUCCAGGAGCUCUGCGACAAGGUAAAGGCGCAAGCUGAAGCUAAAAGUGGAAAGACCUUCAGCCAAUUUAUAGCGCUCUCCUACAAGACCCAAGUUGUUGCUGGAAAAAACUUGUUCAUCAAGAUUGAUGCGGGUGACAUCUUCCCCCAUGUGCGGGUUUAUCAAGCACUUCCUCAUACAAAUAAGGGGCCAGAGGUCCACAGCGUCCAACUCGACCAGUCAAAGGAUGCUGAGAUUGUCUAUUUCUAAUUUCAGUCAACAUCUAGCACAAUAAGCCGAAUGUGAUUCAAAGCGCCUUAAACUGAGCUAAUAUUCCAGAACAUGUCGGGCUAUAAAAUAAAAAAAUCUGUGCAAUGUGGG